AUGGCGUAUUUCCCACACAACCUUCAUAGGGGUGGCUAUCCAUACUGCCAUCCAGAACGGCCCUACCCUCAGGUCGAUGAGAUCCCAUGGGGAUUCUAUUUUGAUAUCCCACUCCAGCUGCCAUCCCAACCAGUGCCGAGUUUCAAUGCAGAUCACCCCGUUUUCCAGAUAUGGUCUCCCCCCGCGAUGUAUAAAUACCCCAGUUCAAAUGAGUAUCAAAACGCCGUGGUUCCUCAUUCGGAGCCAGAUCCAUACAGCUUUCCACAAGCAUCCAGCGAAGCGCGGUAUGGAUAUUCAAGUCAGAACGCAUAUUCGAGAAAUACCGCCGUGAGCCAGCCUAUCGAGAGGCAUCCUUCCCGCCCAUCUCAUUUCCCGAAUGGCAUCUCCAGUCCGUCCCCUUCACCGCCCCCGCCACCACGCCACGCUCCUGGCUGGGACAAUGGUUAUGGUUUCGAAUUUGGCAUCGAUGAGUCCGUCUCUGGCUACACAGGCAGUUAUCCCCAAGACUGUGACGGUGUUAUUGCACCCUGUUUCAAGGUUGGAUCUGCUGACUGCGGUUGGUAUCGUUUUGAGUUGCAAUACUUUAGAGACGGGUCGCAGCUCCGGGUGACGCGAGUGGACGAUGAGGACGAGCGGGAAAAUAGAAAAUACAAGCAAUUCCCUCCAUUUGUUCAAAAAUGGCUUCAAGGAACGACUCGUUUUAGCUUUGCUGAGAUUAAAGAGCUUGCGCACGAUAUCAUCGAGAAACGCAAGCGCUAUAUACUCGGUGUUUCAGAUUGCCAUAACUUUGCCAUCGACCUGGUUCACAAAAUUUUUAACUCGUACAAGCUUGUCCCCGCAGCUAUGAAGCUCGGUACGUCAGCGGUGAGGCAGCUAGUCAGGCCGGUCUGCCUAGCCAUCACAAAGGCCCUGGAAUGGACCGGAGUAAUCAGAGAGCCCCUUGAAAAGGCUUUUCGCCGAUUGUAUCCUCAUGAUCGCGUGGAAGACCACAAUGUGAACAUCCAAGGCCAGAGCCAUCAUGGCCAGGACUACAAUGAUCAGGACUAUCAUGACAGGGACUAUCAUGACCGGGACUAUCAUGACCGGGACUAUCAUGACCGGGACUAUCAUGACAAGCACCAUGAUGACCAGAACUAUGGUGACCAAUACAGUCGCGACUGGAAUUCUCUCUGCCAGAAAAGCUCUGCCCGGGGUUAUGACAACCGGAAUUAUCGUGACGAGUACCAUAGUGACCGGAAUUAUCAUAGCCAGAGCCAUUCUACCCACAGUUAUGACAGCCAGAACUAUCGUGGCCAGUACAGUGGUGAUCAUAAUUAUCAUAGCGGGAGCUACCCAGCCCACAAUUGUGACAACCAGGACUAUCAUGACCAGUACAGUCGUGACCAGUACCACUAUGACCGGGACCGCUAUGACCGGAACUCUUGUGGCCAUUAUAGCUAA